UGCCAACCGACCCGGGUAUCGGUUAUAUAGAUAAUUCCCAAAAGGGCAUGGCGCCACCACCUCGGGCAGCUGCGAGCCCAGGUCGCACCCGAGCCUGUGCUUGCCGCCUCCCGUCUCGCGAGAUGCAUCGAGCCAUGCGAGUCACAAGCAUUGCGCGUUCCCGUGCCCGCCCGCCACACGCCGCCGCGAGCAGCCAAUUUCAAGCUCACGACCCCUGACGUCUUGGCCUCAAAGGGAUUGCGAACAAGUCCGAGCCCGAGCCCCAACACCAAAUGGAAAAAAAAGGGAAUUGUUUGUCUCCUCUGCGGGCCAGUUUGAAUCCCGACAGCCACCGACUCGUCAGUAUAAGAUGAUAAGUAGCACCCAUGGCCCGUCCCAGCCUGAAAUACGACGGGAUGGUCCCUCGACCUCAAGAGUACGUAGAGUUAUUUCGUCCCAAUCAUUUAUAAAACCCUUCUUGCUCGCUCGUUUGCAUCUCACUACGCGCAACUACGACUUGUACCCUUCCUACCUUCGCUCCGACCCGGCGACUUGCGGGAAGCAGCAUCUCCUUCACCAUGGCCAUCGACCAGCCGACAGAGUCCGCCGAGGACAGGCCCAACAGGGCCUCCUUGUCCUCGUCCAGCACAAAAGGCGGGGAUGCGAAGAAGAACGAAUCGGCGACAGUGCCUGCGACAGUGCCUGAGAAGGAAGCUGGCGAGCCGGUAUCCGAGAAGCCACAGCAACCCGGGCCUGGCCCCCAGGAUGAGACCGAGAAGAACUACAAGCCAAAGACAGCCAAGUUCUGGCUCAUCAUGCUCUCCGCCUUCGUCUCCAUGUUCCUCGUCGCCCUGGACCGGACCAUCUUGUCCACAGCUAUCCCUCGCAUCACCGACGACUUCGGCAGCCUGGGCGACAUUGGCUGGUACGGCGCGGCAUACAUGCUCACGACGGCCGCCUUUCAGCUCGUGUUUGGGCGGAUAUACCGCUUCUAUAGCCUGCGCUGGACGUUCUUGACGUGUAUCAUCAUCUUCGAAGUGGGCUCGGCACUCUGCGGCGCCGCCCCGAAUUCGCCCGUCUUCAUCGUUGGUCGCUCCAUUGCCGGCUUGGGCUCUGCUGGCAUCAUGACCGGCUCCAUGCUCAUUGUCAUCCCCAUGGUGCCGCUUCACAAGCGGCCAAUGUUCCAAUCCAUGUUUGGUCUCGUAUUUGGCAUAUCCUCUGUCGCCGGCCCCUUGAUUGGCGGAGCCUUCACUGAGCGAGCAACUUGGAGGUGGUGCUUCUACAUGAACCUUCCCAUUGGCGCCGUGGCCUUUAUCUUUCUCUUCUUUUUCCUCAAUCCGGCCACCAAGCCGCAGCAACCCACGACAACCAAAGAGAAGAUUCUGCGACUCGAUCCGCUCGGCACCUUCUUCUUCAUCCCAUCGACGGUCUCGCUCAUCCUCGCUCUGCAAUGGGGAGGAUCUACGUAUCCCUGGAGUAACUGGCGCAUCAUCUUAUUGUUCGUCGUGGCCGGGGUACUUGGCCUCGCCUUUGCCGCAGUACAAGUCAAGAUGCCCCAGAGCGCCACCCUACCAGUGCGCAUUAUCGGGCAGCGAUCGAUCCUCGCCGGCACGUUCUUCAUGCUGUUUCUCGCCGGCGGCAUGAUUGCGAGCGUCUACUACAUCCCACUAUGGUUUCAAACAACGCACGGAGUCGAUCCGGUCAAAUCUGGAAUUUACACCAUACCCCUCGUUCUCAGUCUGGUUGUAGCGGGUAUUGUUUCGGCCGCUUUCACGCAGAACAUCGGAUACUAUGUUCCGUCCAUGAUUCUUGGCGGCUGUAUCACGGCCGUCGGGCAGGGCAUGAUGACGACGUUCACGCCAACCACCGGGUCAUCACACUGGAUCGCCUACCAAUUUCUGACCGGUUUCGGUGUCGGUCUUGGAAUGCAAACCGUCGGCCUGGCUGUGCAGGCGGUUCUCCCCAAGGAUGAUAUUCCGAGCGGUCUGGCUGUGACUUUCUUCGCGCAGCAGCUGGGUGGCGCCAUCUUUGUCUCUGUCGGCCAGACAAUUCUCAGUGGUUUGCUGGUGUCUCGAUUAUCUCACCUGCCCGGUCUGGAUCCCGAAAUGAUUGUCAGUACCGGAGCGACUCAACUUCGACACGUGGUCCCGCCGCAAUAUUUCGACACUGUCAUUAACGCCUAUAACUACGCCUGUACAAGGAUCUUCUUCCUAGGCGUUGCAUUGGCCGUUGCUCAACUUGCUAGCGCUCUCUGCAUGGAAUGGAAGAAUAUUAAGAAGGGCAAGCAUACGCCACCUCCGGAGGAUGCUGGAGAGUAAUGGGCCCCAUAAAGCUGGCUUUUGGGGAGGGGGUUAAUGGUGAUGUUGGUUGGACAUUGCGGGUUGGGGGGGCGGGGUGGAUUUUUGGUCCAGUUGAUACGAAGUAUGAGGUCCGGAUACCCAGCAUAAAACGUGAAGGCCGGGGAGCUCAGUGCUUGCCCAUCAUUAUUAGAGACUCAUCACGACUCGAUCAUCUGCCAUGAGAGGCAAUUUGUAUAUAGAAUGUUAUAUAGAUGUACCCUAAAGAACAAAUUUCAU